AUGAACUGCGGCGGGGGCAGCGUUGGCAGCGCCUCGAGCGACUCCAAGGUGGAGACCAUAUCGCGGCUGGCGCAGUGGAGGAUCGAGAGCUUCGGACUCUGCACCUACCGCCGCUCCGAUGCCUUCAAGGUCGGCAUCUGGAAUUGGUGAGGCAGAUAGCCCUCCUCUACCGGGGGGAUCGCACUGAAUCAACGAGGUUUCAUUCCGGGAAUAGUUGUUUAUUCUCUUUUCGUUUUUCUGUCAGGUACAUGUCUGUGGAGAAGAACAGGUAUAUGUACAUCAGGCUGUUUCCGGAGCCGUGCCGCCUGUCUAAGGAGCAGCCCCCCAUCGCCAAAUUCGUGCUUCGCGUCUCCAACGUCGGGCCAGGCCGACGCCCAUACAUAUCCCCUGGUACUGGUCGAAUUUUUCCCUGAAUAUGUUCCAGAUGAAUCCGGUUUCUCGUCGGCAGGUUCAAUUGGAUGCUUAAACCGAUCUGCAGGUUCCGAGUUCCUCAAGUUCUUGCAAGGACUUGUUUUCUUCGUCUUCUUUUCGUCUCGCGUUCUCACAGAUUUGGAGCCAAAAUGGAUUCCAUGCUUUAAGAGUGAUUAUCCUCAUUGGACGUGCUAGGUCUAAUUUUCCACCUCUAUCUGUGGGGAUCGAUCCUAUCAAGUGAACACUUUAUCUGUGGGAAUUACUUUCUCUUUCUUCAUCAAUCGCGAGAUUCAUUGUUUGGAGCUUAAAUCCACCUCUCUCUUGAGCGCCGUAGUUUAUGGGCAGAGAAGGUGGGAUGAAUGAAAGACUAUGAUCCGGGAAUGAUUUGGUAAUGGUGGAAAAGCUUCAAGGUAAGAUCAUUGAUUAUAUAAUACGCUUUAAAUAUCUUUAAAUGAUAAACACACAGUAACUAAACUCGUUGAUGGUCCUCUCCCUUGGGAUGAAACUUUUGAUAUCUUAAAUCUAUUGUCUCUGUUAAAUUAAAUAGAGAUCUUAUGAGAUGGUUGAGACUAAGAGUGAAGAUGCUGUGUAGAGAAUAUGGUCUGCUAGGUCAGUUCCUCUGAGACAUGAGGGACGAAGUAAUGUCACAGAACAAGUAAUUGGCCUUGAUUCUACGUGGACUGAAACAUUGGUCAAGGAGAAGAACCCAUGAGACCUGAUGUGACUCAGGAUUUUUACGGUGCCUUUGCAGAAAUAUCAUCAAAGAAAAUAUAAGCACUGUGUCAUACUAUUAAAAGCAUUCACAAGAGCUGGUUCUUAAGAGCUGGGGGAGAAAUAUCCCACUGAAAAGAGAAUGCCAUGGAGUUGUUGUCACUAGCAGUAGAAGAGAGGGGAAAAAAAAAAACUUGGAUAUAGUUGAUAAAUCUAGAUAUUUAAUUGUACCAAGUCUAUCACAGUGCAGUUCAGGGUUUCUGUUCUAUGUUUUAUAGCAUUCUUUCCAUAUAGCAUGAUCAAUAUUUUUUUUUUCUACAUUUUUUAUUUCAUUUUAAUAUACUUUUAGCGCAUUUCUGCCGACUAGCAUCGUUUUGCUAGUUAAUUUCCAUGUGGUUCAUAGCCAUUUAAGACUGUUCUUCAUGAAAAGUUCUCGUCAGUCCUAUGAAAAAAAGUAGCUCUUUCUAGGUUAAAAACAGUAGUUUUGGUGUGUGUGUGUGAUUGGGCUUUGUUCUCUCCAGGAGGGAUAGGGGAUUGUAGCGUUCAUGUCGAUUAUUGUAUGAGGAUGGAUUUAUUCACUGCUGUCUUCUAAUCCGGUACUCUCUUUCAUCGCUGUAGUUCAUGAGAGGCUGCUGCGGACCAGUGAUGACUUUGUCUGGCCGAUUGAUUCAACCUUCAAUGGGAAGUUCAUAAUCGACGUGGAGUUUUUAGAUCUGAAGAUAUCCCUUGUCAAUGUAAGAACAACCCCGAGCUAUUUGUUCCUGGCCAAGUGGAAGUAGGAGGAGGAAAUUCAUUAGAUCUGAGAGUCUGAGAAAAACUUGUUCGAUUCUUUUUCGUCCAUCCGCACCCAAAGAAUGUUUGCGUCGAUUCCAAUCUGAUCUAUAGAUGUAUAUCUAUUCAUAUGUUCUAAGAACUUGCUCUUUCCCUUCAUCUCCUUCUUCCUUGAGAACCAGGGCGGGGAGCCGUCUUCAAUUUGGCCCUCCGAGGGGUCGAUGCAGUCUCUGGCGAGCAAAUCCUCCCGCCAGUGCCUCUCCCGCAUGCUCGAGGAGAACAUCCACUCGGACAUCACCAUAAACACCCCCGGCGGCACGCUGCGCGCGCACAAGGCCAUCCUGUCGGCGAGCUCCCCCGUCUUCCAGAGCAUGUUCCUUCACGACCUCCGAGAGAACUCCUCCUCCGUCGUCGAAAUCGAAGACAUGUCCCUGGAAGCCUGCGGCGCCCUCCUCAACUACCUCUACGGCAUCGUCCGGCAGGAGGAGUUCUGGAAGCACCGCUCGGAGCUUCUCGCGGCCGCCGACAAGUACGAUCUCGGCGAUCUGAAGCUGUGCUGCGAGGAGAGCUUGCUGGAGGAUCUCAGCUCCGGGAACGUGUUGCAGAGGCUCCGCGACGCCUGGAUCUACCGGCUCGAGCGCCUGAAGAAGGGCUGCUUCUCGUUCCUCUUCGACUUCGGCAAGAUCUACGACGUCAGGGACGACAUCAAUGGCUUCUUCCGCUGCGCCGAUCACGAGCUCGUAGCCGAGAUGUUCCAGGAGGUUCUGACCCUCUGGAAGCCUGUAUAG